AAAACUUCUUGUCUUUACACUUCCGGCAACCAACCGGAUAACAAGGGAAGUGGACCUAAGUGGCCAAUCUUAAGAAGGUGGGAUGUGCCAUGGAAUUGGCAAACUAUUUCACUUUCUUCACUUGCCUGUGGACUAAGUUUUGUUCUGACAGGGCUAAUAGAAACAGCAGCCAUACAAUAUUUGGGAAUUGAAGUUGACACAUUAAGCUUGGAUGAGAAAUCAGAAAUUUUGUUUCUUGACCAAUCUAUUACAACUGUUGUUGUGCUUGGAGUUCUCUAUACUCUCACCAAGUCGUCUCAGCCACUUCCUAAUGAAAUAUAUCGAUAUGAUUGGAGGGAGCCUUUCGAUUUUCAAAGAGGAUGGCUGUUGUGGGCAACGAUUGGUCUUGUUGGAACGCUGAUUGCUAUUGCAUUGACGGGAGUUGCAACGUCUUUUCUCAAUAGCGAGCCCCCACAGAGAGAGACUGAUGCUCUUGUUCGCUUGCUUCCGUUGAUUGGCUCUUCAACUAUCAGCACUGCAAGUCUGUUGGGCAUUACGGGCGUCCUUGCUCCAAUUCUUGAGGAGACUAUUUUUAGAGGGUUUCUUAUGGUCUCCCUGACUAAGUGGUAUUCUUCGGUCUUUAUAUUCUAAUAAUUACUCCUUCUGUCCCAUUUUAUGUGUCUGGUUCAGUUAAUGAGACUUGUCUGAAGUUGAUUUGACCAAUGAAUAGUAAACCGGACAUAUACAUACAAUUCAAAGCUCUUCAUAUGAAGAUGGAAACUGGUUUAAUGGAUCUCGG